AUGUCUUCCGUCGUCGACUUCGCUGCCUCGCAAGAGGUUGCCGUUGAGGAUGCACCUCCCAUGCAGGACCAUGCCCCGCCACAUCACCGUUCAUCUCAGCGCUCAGCAACUUUCGUGGAUCAGCCGUCCAGAGAUCGAAGAGGAAGCACCGUCUCGCGUAUGACUACAAUGUCCUCACCGGAGGGUAUGAGACACCGACGGGCGACACGAUCUAACACCGUUACAACCUACCACAACGAGCACCACGAACCAGAGGCGGAAUUUCUCCUCCCUGGCGCCGAGCCUGGUAUUGAUACGUCAGCCGAAGACGAGACACUUCCGUCCCAUCUAGCCGACCUCAAGGCGGAGUGUCAGAUUCAUAUCAUCGACUUCUCGGACACGGAUAUCCAACACGUUGAAGCAGACAACAGUAGUCUACCCCAAGCCCUCGAUCAACAUAGGCCCGACAACCUCCCAUGUAGAUGGAUCUCUGUCAAUGGUCUAAGCUGGGAUGUCAUUCGAGCUCUUGGAAACAGGUACAGCUUGCACAGACUGGCCAUUGAGGAUUUGGUACACUUGCACACCCGGACGAAAGUCGACUGGUACGCAGAUCAUGCCUACGUGGUUCUAACACUCCAAAAGCUCGUGCGCCUACAUCAGCACAAGGGCUCGAACGGCAAAUGCGAUUGCGAUGCAGCCACCAACAGCGACUCGGAGGAUGAGAUCGGCGACGAGAAAGCUUCAGCGAGGCGGAAGUCGAUGGCGAGCUUCUUCGAAUGGCAGACGAAGCAGAAGUCGAAGACUGUGCUGCCCACAUAUCAACGCAGAGAGGUGGACGAAAAGCUUGAUGAGUAUAUCGCUGCGCAUAGUGGCACUUCUGAAAGCACGCCAAUCAAGCCGAUUCGGACACUUCAUAGAUAUGAGAGCGCGCAGAUACCCAGUCAUACUGCAUUCAUGGAGAAACACUCUGUACUGGCAGAGGAGGAUCAUGCAGUCAGCGUUGAGCAGGUCUCGAUAUUCUUGAUGUCCGAUAACACGGUCAUUUCGUUUUUCGAGCAUUCCGCUCUGGAUGUGGAGGAGCCUCUCUUGAAGCGGUUGCAAAGCACUACGACCAUGCUUCGGCGCAGCUGUGACGCUUCGUUCAUGCUCCAAGCCAUCAUCGACGCGAUCGUGGAUUUGGCAGUGCCGGUGAAGGACGCAUACAACAAGGCGCGAAAGGAGCUGCAGGUCGAUGCCAUGACGAGCCCGAAUAUUAAGACCUCAAGAGCUCUGCACAUCUUCGGCGAAGAAAUUGACAUGCUGCAGAACCUCUUCAAGCCCAUCGUCCACCUGGUCAAUGCUCUUCGCGAUCACCAGGCCGAACCACUACUACAAAGUAUUCCAGCGGCGCGAAUGAUGGGCCAUGAUAUUGGCCCAGGUCUCUUCCCAGUGAACUCCGACGACUCCAGCCCUCAAUACCACACUGAGUACCCCGCCCAGGCACCCGAAAGAGCAAAACGUGAGCGUCAGGGUGCGCCUAACAUGAACCGCAAAAUCUCCGAAUACCGCCGCACCGCCCUCAAACGCACCGAAACCGCCACGAGCGUCUCCAUAACGCCCCUCGCACAUACCUACUUCGGCGACGUACUGGACCAUUGCAUAACCAUGAUUCAAACCCUGCAACAAAUGGACGCCUCGGCCACGAACAUCAGUACGCUGAUAUUCAACACCGUUGGCGCCAAAACGAACAAUUUCAUGAUGAUCAUGGCCGUCGUCACCGUCUUCUUCGCUCCGUUGACAUUUAUCUGCGGGUACUUUGGAAUGAACUUCUCGAGUGGCGCGGGUCUGGCGCAUCCCUUUGCAUUCUUUUGGGUUGUGGCGGUGCCGAGUAUCGUAGGUUUUAUGCUCGUGGUCUUUGCGACGAUGUUGUGGGAUAACAUCUCAGAUUUCUUCGCUAAGCGCGGGAUUAGGGCACAUAGGCGUUUGAGGGAUCGGGAUAGGCGGUUGAGGGGUCAUUGA